CCACUGUCGGCAUCCAACCUCAUAGCUCUCACUCAGCCUUCCCAAACGACAGGAGUUGACGACAAAACGGCACGACAACACCAUCGCGAAGCUCGGCAUACUUGUACAUCUUAACGGAAAAUCACCUUUUUGGAGCAACACAUCGAAAUGGCACAAGGGUACAGCAUCUUCAUCGGCCUCGUCGUCGUCGUGGCGAUGGGCGCUGGCGCAUGGUUCUUGUCGCCCAAGGGCGAGACUCAAAUCAUCUGGAGAUCGUCUCUCCUCUUGGCCCUAGCAUGCUGCUAUCUCAUGUGGGCUAUCACGUUCCUCGCCCAACUCCACCCCUUGAUCGAGCCCAAACGCAGCAACCUCCGAGAAAGCGCCGUGCACCAUUGAUGAAUCCUUCAAAACGAUGGCGAUCGCAGGGACGCGAUGGGAUAUCGAUGUACUAUUACCAACUUUACACAACUACAACCUCAUAUGGACGGCGUUAAGGACUUGCGGGGAUUCGUCAUAAAGAUUUGUUGUAGGACGUCAAGGAAUGACAUCAUGCAUUCUGGAGGCCAGAUGAUGGUUGAUGGCGCUGGCAAGACUCGGGACUUGGGCCGAUGCUCGAUAGGAUGCGUCCUCGAGUGGUUGAAGCAAGUAUGUAGGCAACAUCAAUUUACGCAAUGCUGAAUUCUACACUUAUGCAAAC